AUGGUAAAUGCUGUUUACUUGUCUAUAGAUUCUCGUUGGGCUAGUGGAUACAUAUCAGAAGGCUCCAAAAUGGCUUUGGAAGCAGCAAAAGAAGGUCCUUAUGAUUACUAUAUAUUUGCUGCCACGUGGCCCGUAACUCAUCUUAAUACACAAGAGAUGAUUGAUAAAAAAAUUCAUUAUCAUAAGCCAAUCCUCAAAAAUUUCACCAUCCAUGGUAUUUUUCUAAUGUAUGAGCCUGAUGAUGUUGUUCCUUCUUAUCUUACCAAUAGUGGAUGUACUGAUGUCACACCGAUGAUGCCAGACGAUAUUACGAGGGCGCGAUUAACUUCAAUUUUGACUGAUAUGAUGAAAUAUUGGCCAAAUGUUGUGUAUUAUCGUGACGAAGAAGCAUGCGAAAGAUUCUGGAAGUAUGAGUGGGAGCAACAUGGAAUGUGUUUUGACAAACCUAAAACCUUACAUUUUUUUAAGACUGCAUUACAAAAAAUUUAUCCAGAUGGUAAAUGGUAUGAAGGAUCUGCCAUUAGAGAAGCAAUAAGUAAAGCCGUAGGAAAGCAGCCUACAAUUCAUUGUGAUAAAGAUAACAAAGGAAGGUUACAAUUGAACGAGAUUUGGUUAUGCUUCCAUAGGAAUGGCACUGCAAGGUCAUGCGAGAAGGAGUUUGAUAAUUGUCCAAAUCUUGAGGAAAGAGGGAUAAAGUUUCCUACUCCUUUCAUGCCUAAAGCAUUUCGCUUUGAUCAUUCGACUGUCCGCCGAGUGAAACGGUUCCUCGCUAAAGAAAAAAAAAGUUCCACUCCAACCAAGGAAAGAGAUAGAACAAGGAAUAUUAUCCCAUACGUAUCGAUUGGGUCUCUCAAGCGAGUGUGA